AUGGAAAACUCUCGCAAUUCGCAUAGCAAUGGGUAUUUUGCAUUGCCUUGGUUCGCUACACGUGUGUUUUUCGUUAAAAUCGGCAAUUUCGUUCUCGACAAUUCUACCCCUGAAUGUAUAACUUUAAACCACGUCCCUUUGAGCCCGGACACAAUCCUCGAAGUUAAUGGAAAACGAUGUUCGAUGGACUCAGAAGGAAUUUCAUGCAUUCUUAGACGAGACAGAGUUGAUAAAAAAUCCGAAGAAGCUACAUUUGUCAGCACAGACAGCAUAAGAUUCACGGGUAGCGUGAGAUUUGAAGUGUUCGAUAAAGAGGACCUCGUUAUAUCCGGGGUUUUCGAAAUGUCAGGUACCAAUGGCUUUACGGGGGAGUCGAACAAUAGUGCCAAGAAAUGGAGCAUGAAUUGUGAAUCGGCUAUCUGUAAUGGUGUGGGAUUUUUGAAAGGAAAACGAAUCGUGAGUUCGAAAUCUUUAUUAUUGCCCAAGAUUGAAGUUUAUGUGGCUGGCUGCUUUUCGGGUAUCCCGAUUAUACUGACGAAGACUAUACAAGUUUGUAGCCGCCAAAAGCAUAGAAAGGGAAUGCUAAACACAAUUCCCGAAUAUGAUGCUACUGAAGAAGAACUCCAUGAUGAUGAUGAUGAGUCUGGGCAUGAUUUGCAGGACUAUGAUAGUUUGUACUGGAGACGAACAGAAUAUACGGAAGGUGAAGAAGAUGGUGAUCUUUCUUGGUUCAAUGCUGGCGUUCGAGUGGGCAUGGGAAUUGGCUUAGGCAUUUGCCUUGGGCUCGGAAUUGGAGUUGGUUUGCUUGUCCGAACUUACCAAACCACCACUAAGACAAUUACAAGGCGGCUCAUGUAA